AUGUUAAAAGACUUUCAAAGAAGUUAUAAAUUACCAGUUACUGGAAAACUUGAUCAACAAACAUUAAAAUUGAUGAAUACUCCUCGAUGCGGUGUUCUAGACCGUCCACUUGCAUUUACACUUGCAAAUUCAUGGCCGAAGAAAACUUUUACAUGGAAAUGGGCCGAUAGUAACUUUCCAAAAUUUGGUGAAGAGAAAACUAGUGAACAGCUUCGGGAAUCAUUUAACGACUGGGCCAAGUAUGCACCGAUAACAUUCCAAGAAGUAUCACGAAAUGAGAAGGCCGAUUUUCAUGUGGCUUUUGCUGACAAUUCUGAUGGUCCAGGCAGAACUUUGGCAUAUGCAUAUUUUCCAACUAAUGGAAGGAUUCGUUUUGAUCCAGCGGAAUCAUGGACACAUAGAUAUGAUAAUGAUGGUACAAAUUUUCGCCUUGUAGCGACUCACGAAAUAGGUCACGCUCUUGGACUAGAUCAUUCUACGGAUCCAUCAUCAAUAAUGGCACCAUACUAUAAGCUGAUACAACCAGAAGUUCUUCUUCCGAAAGAUGACCGCCAAGGUAUUCAAGCACUAUAUGGAACUAAGACUCCACCAGCAGAUGAAUUCACGGAAAGUAAAACGUGCGGAUGUGCAGGGUGGUGUCGUGAGCGAGGUAAACCAUAUGGAGUAUGUGGAAAUGGACAUACAUGUAUUUGUUCAAUGACUGAAUUAACAAAAGAGAAUAUUGGAAGUGGUUGUACAUGUGAUGCAUGGUGCCGAAAUCGUGGUUACCAUAAGGGUGGUGUUUGUGGUGAUGGCUACACAUGCAUAUGCGCAUCAAGUGCAGACCCAUCCAAAGUAACAAUUAAAAAUGCUCAAACCGGACUCAGAUUAGAUUCAAAUGCUGAUGGACAAGCGUAUACGGUUGCCCCAAAUGGUGGUCCAUUCCAAGUUUGGCAUAUUAUAAAUACUAAUGAAAAUAGUUUUAAUUUGAAAAACGAUGCAACAGGCCUCUUUUUAGAUAGCAAUGAAAAUGGUGACGUUUAUACAUUGACUAGAAAUGGAGGUGCAAAUCAAAAAUGGACAUUUAAUGGCCGAACAAUUAUAAAUGUUGCAACUGGAAGAGCAUUAGAUUCAAAUUAUGACGGAAAGCUUUACACGUUGGCGCCAAAUGGAGGAAAUUUUCAAAAUUGGAUUCGUCAAUAG